GGAAGUGAACACGGCGUCUCUCCACUUCACCAACUUUAAAUGGAGAUCACAAGCAGUCUGGAGCACUUUCAUUCCGUACUUUAUCUAGCGUCUCUACCCUCGGAGCGUUGAUGAUUUUGACAAACAAUUCAUUUUGCCUCGGCGUUCUCAGGAGGAUCGGAUCUCAUUUCUCGCAGGGCAGCGGCGGCACAGAACGCAGGGGAAUGCCCGUGUUUGGUUUUCAUGUUUUUUAUAGUUUUACAGCCGGUAUGUUAAAAUGAAGACCGACUGUAGAAAGUAAGUUGAUGGAUCUGUUACAGAAGUCGCUUUAGUUUCGGACCCAGCAUAAUUACCAAGUUAUAAGUGAAGUACAGUUCAGUUAAUAAUUAUAUAAAUUGUGCUGAAUUGAACAGCUUCUCAGAGGAAUAUUUUUCGCAACUCGCCGGUUGUAAAAAGAUUACCCAACCCGUUGGCACCGCAGUAUCUGUCAGCAUGCCUUCUGAGUCUCCGGCGGCAACCUGUGACCCAGCCUUUGAAGCCCACGCCGCCGCUCCGCUGCCUUUCUGUGUGGAUGUAUCCGCAGAGCGUGGCGCCCGCAGGACGCGCCGUCCCCUCACGCCGUUCGUCCACUCGCGUCUGUUUGCUUGCAAAAUGUGAUCGCAAGGGCCAGUGACUGGCGCACACGGUGAGAGUAAGAGCAGCUCGGAUACGGAUGAGGAGCGACGCACUGCCGCCCGGACGAGCUCUUCUGGGACAGGAGACAGGAGCCGAGCUCUGAGGCAGACCCGUUCCACACGAGGACAUUUGUUUAUCUCGUGGAGACCAAUGCACACUUCACAGCGCGUCUUCACGGUGCAUUUGAGCAAACAGCGUUUCGCCCCGCACAUUAAUGACACUGGAUUAAAGUUCAUUGAAGCCCAUUCUGUGUGGGGAGGUAGGGUUUUGUGUGACUCCGUGUGGGCACCGACUCGUGUGCAUUUCUAAAACGUGUCGCGUUUGAAUAUGAACUCUGGUGCUGAAUGGAAGUUUUGGGACACUCGCGCCUGAGCUCUGAUGGCACUCCUCCAGCUUUAAAAGUUUGGAUUUUAUCUGUUUCGCAGUAGUCGUCGAGGCUGAAAGGAGAAGUGGGACGCGCAUACAUAGAAACGCAUUUUCUCCGUUUUGUCUCUCCGCGGUGCUUGCCUGCUUUGAAGUCCACCAUGUGCGGCCGGGCACCGCCGCUGCAGCCGAGGCCAUGACCGUCCCGCUGCGGCGCCUGGCCGGGCUCUGGCCGUGGCUGCUCAUGGCGGCCCUGCAGGUGGUGCUGGGCCAGCCGGGCCUGGAGUCCGAGCGGCCGGCCCUGCGAGCGCUCAUCAAGGUGGCACUGCUGAACCACGAGCCGACGGGGAAGCCCAUCACCCUGGAGGGGGUGUUCGUGGGAGGGAGCGCCGGCUACGCGGAGGGAAAACUAAUGCAGUAUCACCCUCUGUCUCUGUGCAACACGAGCGAGGAUGAACGACAAGAGAGUGACUUUAUCACCAUUGUCAAACUGGAGCACAGGGUACCCCGCUGUCUGCCGCUGCUCGAUAAGGCUCGCAUGGCACUGGAUAAAGGAGCUCAGGCCGUCAUCUUUGAUGUCAGCGAUGAUGCCAAUGCUGCUGCUGAGCUGCGAGAAACAGACUCCCUUCCCCGUCCAGUCGUGCUGGUUGAGGCGGAGGAUGCUGAGGAGCUGAUGGGUCUGGUCAACAAGAAUGAGGAGGCCAAAGUUCGCAUUGAGAUCAUGGUGGAGCAGCCUAGAUGGCCACAUUACGAUGUGGGGAUCCUGCUCACCAUUGUCUUAGCUAUUCUGACCAUCGUCCUAAUCUUCGCUUUCCGCUACAAGUGCAAGUCCAACAGAACCUGGGACUCUGUCCAUCAGCAGACCAUGCGGGCCAUUAGUCGAUUGGAGACCAAAACCUACAACUCCCAGGGCUGCUCAGGCUCUCAGCGCCACCGUGCCGCCUGGGGGUCAGCCAGCAGCUCCAACUCGAGCCCCGUCUGUGCUAUCUGCCUGGAGGAGUUCCAAGAUGGUCAGCAUUUGAGGAUCAUCUCCUGUGCUCAUGAGUUCCACAAAGACUGCGUCGACCCCUGGCUGCUGCAACACCGCACCUGUCCCCUCUGCAUGCACAACAUCAUGGGGACGGAGCGGCAGCCCCAAAGGAACAGACUCCAGCAGAGUUCAGAGCAAAGCCAAGGUUUCCUGCAUGCUCAGCCUUACGCCAGCCCACGCAACCACCCCUUCCCUCAGCAUGCCAUUCCCUUCUCUAUGAGGCCCCACUAUCCUCGUGGACCCUCUGGACCCUAUCCCUCUCUGGGCCACUACACUGGCUCUUCUCCCAGGGACACCCAAACUCUACGUUUCCUCACCAGCAGGCCGCUUGGCUCCAGCUGUGGGUACCACCUUCCUGCAGAGGGUCCCGGGAGGCCCCACAGGAUUGGCGGUAACUGCAGGACUUCCACCCACCACUACACCCCCCGCCGGUCCUGCCACAACUAUCGCUCAUCCUGUCCGGCCCAGCGCAGUGCGUCCAGCUCAAGACUGCACCACGCAGCCUCCAUCACGCCACAGCCCCGCGGAGCACCGGCCCAUAGCCGGCAGGACGAGGGCAGCUGCUCCGGUGGCAGCUACCACACAGAACGCAGCGGAUACUUGGCCGAUGGGCCAGCAAGUGACUCCAGCUCAGGGCCAUGCCACGGCUCCUCCAGUGACUCGGUCCUCAAUUGUACUGACGUGUCCCUGCAGGGGGUUUAUGGCAGCUGGUCCACUUUCCGUAGCUCUCUGAGCAGUGACUACGAUCCAUUUGUGUAUUAUGGGCCAGGUCCUGGGCACGCCCCCCACAGGAAUAGCCUGGAGGCGUGUGCCCAGGCCCGGCCCAGGUCUCUGGAUUCUGUGGUGAAUAAAGCAGGCUGCCCAGAAGAACAGCCUCAGACUGUGUUCAGCCACAUCCACUACCACCGCCAUAGACACCACCACUAUGAGGAGGGGGAGCACAGCCAGGGCCCGAGCAGAGGCUCAGACGAGGAGCAGGGGGCCGCUGCUGCAGCGGCUGCACCUGCUGCUCUUGUCCUGGACAAAGACUCACCUGUGUGCUCUCCCAAGCACAGCCCCUGCCAGUGCUCAAAACCAGACCCCACAGAUCGGCCCAGUCCCGGGGCAGAGUGCCAGGACCAUGACCCCGGCAGCCCUACAGGGCCUCCUGUCCUGGUGUCCCCAAUCCCCUUACAGCUUCAACCCCACUGUUGCCACCAGGGACACGGACACCCUCCCACUCCUCUUGGGCGAGUGGGUGGUUGUGUGCUUGAUGGCCCCUCUGUUCGCUUCCACCAGAGCUUAGAUCUGCAGGAUGACCGUAGCAUCCACAUCCACUACGGCCAGGGCCCGGGCUUCUGCUGCUCUCCUCCUGAGCUGCACCCUGCUUUGCUCCCCGUGCCCCUCAUUCUGGACUCUGGAGGUCUGGAGGACUGGCCUUGCUGUGCCGGGGCCCACGUUGUGUGGCAGAAGCGGGUGCAGCAGGCCCGCUCAGAGCCUCAGCUCCUGGGGCCUGGGACCUCUAUGGACCGGCCACCCUGCAGGCUUCACCAUGGCCCUGCUGCUGACCGCAACACAGACAUUUGUUUGUACUGCCAAACAUUACACCACAAUCAGGGAUCAGAAGAGGAGUCUGGUGUGUGAGAACUUGUUGCAUCCCCAAUUAUCACGCUGCUACACGGGAGCCAGAAUGGACAAGCCUCUCAUUGGCUAUCGCACUCAGUCUUCCACAGAAUUACACCAGAAAUGCCUUCCUUCAGAUGAUUCCCCAGCUUCCCCCGGGCUUCAAAGCUCAUGUGCUGAAAUGCUCCUUCAGACGAGUUAGAUUGAGUUACUUAGUAAAAUUACUGUGAUUAAAUCAUGCUUAAUUUUUUGGAACAAUACGGGACCCUUCAUAAUAUUGUGUGUCAGAAUUUGCUUAAUGAUUCAAAUGUUUGGGGGUUGCUGGGGAAACGACUCUACACCACAAAGAGGAAAACAUUUUUUUCUGUUUCUCCUUAUCAUGGAAUAUUCAUUUCCAACAUGACAUCACAAGUUCCCAUGCUCCUUAGUGACAACUGACGAUGAUCCUUGCUUAGGGUGUUGAGCCCCCAUGAAGUGAGACUCCAUCUCUGCAUUGCUCACUCUAUUACAACAUAACUUGAUUUAUCUUAGAGGUACUUACUUUCACUCGUGUGAUCUUCGUCUUCCUUCGCUGAGUCCAGUCUCAGCUGAGAGAAGCUUUUCUCUCCAGCCUACCUCAGCUCAGAUUUCUUAACAUGCCUCAUACAGAGGGUCUUUAAAGGUACUGCUGUAGUGAUUGUUUUUUUUUCUUUGGUCACAACCAUGUAGCUCCCAUAAACUCAAGAAAAACUUAGACCUGUCCAAACGGAGGGAAAGGUUGAUGCUCAGCCCCUCAAACAACAAGCAUUCACUGAGGUUGCUGAGUCUUGCAUUGGCCUUGUUUUCAUUAUUUCAAUAAUGGCAGCUGUUUUCAACAUGUUUGUUUGUGUUUUGGAUCAUUUUCUGUUUCUUUUUUUUUGUAGUCUGUAAUUUUUUUUUUCACCUUUCAAAAUGAACCAGUUUGACUGAAUUAUGUCGCCGUCAUUGCAAGCUUUUGUCUUGUUCUUGUCGUUUCUCUUGCCAGCGGUCGCUUCACGGGUUUGACCUCGGUGCUGUUCAACCCUCUGGUCUGUGCAAAGUGAACAGGCCUCAUCACAAGAAUGACAAACCUGUCCUCUGCUCCUUCAGUGCCUAACUCAUCACAAUGUUGUAUUAUCCUCCAGAAAGGAUGAACCCCUGUUGUCCUCCAGCGACUAAAGCUCUUGAAAAAUGUUCUGCAUUGCAGCCAUAGAAAAGAGAAAGUGACUAUAUAUAACGAUACAACUGGAGUAAAGCCAUGCUAGGUAGCCCUUACAGUCCCAAGCAUCAGCUCAGUCUGUUGCUGUCACACCAGUUUCAUAAAAGCUUGGUAUGCUUUUCCCAUGAUUCAAACUGCAGGGGAGGGUGAGCCUGAGAAUGAUAUCAGGAACAAUCAAACACUGGAAAAAUGGGGAGAAUUCAUCUUAGUUACAGUUAUAACACCAGGAUCGACCCUGUCACGGUAAAUGGGCAUUGGCAAUCCCUGCUUCUGAGCUUACAGCACUUGAAGGAAGAUCCACCUCGAAAUCAGAAAUCAGAUAUAGUAUUUUAAAGAUUUUAUUUGAUUCAGAAAAAUAGUUUUUAAAAUGUUUAACCAUCUCUCCAAACUGCAAACAGCAGAAUCAAGGUUGAAAUCUUUGUUGGCUUCUGUUCCGUCAUCCCCCAUUCAGCCCCUCUGACAGACUGACGCACAGAAAAUGUGUUCAUAGCCCUGGAAAAUUACUCAGAACGUUUCAACUGUGUAGAUAAAAGCUGACCUCGCCGAUCCAUCAAAGAAGGCUCUCUUACUUCAUAACCACAAACUUCUCCAUGCUAAAUAAUCUGAGAUCAGAUGAUUCUGUUAUGGUGUGGACUCUCCUUUAAAGUGAAAAUGUGAAAGCAGCCAGACUUCAGAUACAGUUCAGCUCAAAGCAGCGGACAAAGAGCUCAUGGGUAUCGCAGUGUAACCAGUAGCACUUACUAAAGCCUCACAUGUGCCUUAUUGAUUCAAACUGUUCAGAAUCCUAAACCGGGAGCCUCCCAACACAUUAAGCUCUUACCUGUCUGACCAAAGAGGCAAAAUCUUGAACACAGUGAAUUUAUAACAGAGUAUGUGUUGUGCCUUUUUUCCUGCUAUAGGCCUUUCCUUAAAUCUCACGAUUAAAUGUGCUUUUAGUGACAAGAGAGAGUGUCCCAGAAUUGAAGUGGAAAUCAUUUUGGACUCUAUAUUUUUGGACAAUCAUGCAGAGGUUUUGAACUGCGGUCCCUUGUAUUAAUACCUCACUUUGAUUGUGUCAGCACAGCGUCCUCCAGCUAAAACAUCAGGGUUUCCUCAUCUGUUAUUUUGUUCGUGCCCAAACGGUCUCCGAGACUGAGAGAUGGAAAUGACUGAAUUACAAGCAGCACUUUGGCUUAAGUAGAUUUUAUAUAAAAAAAACAAACAAACAUAAAUCUCAUAGUAUUAAUUCAAAACAAGCCCAAAACCACAUGAAAAAAUAGCAUGUAGUGAUGCUGCAGACUAUCUGAUGUGAUUUCAUCCUGUUCAAGAUCUUUCUCUUUGUCUUGUGUAUGUGUUUGUUUGUUAUGUUUGCAAGAAUAAUGAGCUGAAACUGCCUUUUCUAUGAGUAAAGAUCCCUCCAGAACUUUAAGGGAUAUGUCAGUAUAUUUUGGAUACUUUGUGUACAAAAAGAGAACAACAAAAACAGAAAUGAAAUAGUGUUGUAUUUUAUAUAUAAUAGAACAUUUCAAUAUAGUGACAUGUCACUAAUAUAUUUAUUUACUAAUAUAUUUAUCCAUUUUGUCCAGGUUUGAAAGAGUGGUUUCUGUAUAGACUGAAUGUUUCUAUAUGGAAACUGACCAGUGCCAUCACAGAUGUAUCAACCUGU